AUUCCACCAAGAAGCUCAAGGAUGUUCUGGAAGAGUUUCAGGGUGAUGGCAUUCUCUCGAGGUACAACCCCGAACAGCCCAUUGACUAUGAGGGUUUUCGCCUGUUCAUGAAGACCUACCUGGAGGCGGAUGUACCCGAGGAGCUUUGCCAACACCUCUUCACUUCCUUCAAGCGUAAGAUAUGCCAAGCCUCCCCUGACACCCAGCGCCAGAGUUCCGGCGUCUCGCAGUUCAACACCCUUGGCAUGAGGAGCGUGGAGAGGAGGUUACCCUUCAGCCUACGGAAAAGCCACAGCUUUUUUCCGCCCCCCAGCCCCGUGGACCAGGUGGUCCAUCUGAAGGACAUCGUCUGCUACCUGUCCCUGCUGGAGAGGGGACGAGCAGAGGACAAGCUGGAGUUUAUGUUUCGCCUCUACGAUACUGAUGGAAAUGGCCUCCUGGACAGUUCGGAGCUGGAUCGUAUCAUCAACCAGAUGGUGCAUGUGGCUGAGUACCUGGAGUGGGACUCCACCGAGCUGAAGCCUAUUUUGAAGACAAUGAUGGAGGAGAUUGACUAUGACCAUGAUGGGACCGUGACGCUGGAGGAAUGGAUCCGGGGUGGCAUGACCACCAUUCCCUUGCUGGUCCUCCUGGGGAUGGAGACGAAUGUGAAGGACGAUGGGCAGCAUGCCUGGAGACUGAAGCACUUCAAGAAACCUGCAUACUGCAACUUCUGCCGCACCAUGCUGCUGGGGGUCCGCAAGCAGGGCCUCUGCUGCUCCUUCUGCAAGUACACCGUCCAUGAGAGGUGUGUGUCCAAAGAUAUCGCGUCCUGUAUCAGCACCUAUGUGAAAUCCAAGAGAAACAUGAGCGUGAUGCAGCACACCUGGAUUGAGGGCAAUUCUCCUGUCAAGUGUGACAGAUGCCACAAAAGCAUCAAGUGCUACCAGGGAAUCACCGGCCUGCACUGCGUCUGGUGCCAAGUCACUCUCCACAACAAAUGUGCCUCCCACGUGAAGCCAGAGUGUGAUGGGGGCCUGCUGCGGGACCACAUCUUGCUGCCUUCCUACAUCUGCCCUGUUGUGCUGGACAGGCAGUCUCACUGUUGGAGGUCAGAGAGUGAUUCCCCUGCCAGCACCAGCCCCGAGGACAACCAGGGCUUCAAGUUCAACUCCACCACAGUGGAUGGGCAAGGACUGCAGAUCAGCCCCCGGCCUGGGACACACCCCCUCCUAGUGCUUGUGAACCCCAAGAGUGGAGGACGGCAAGGGGAGCGAGUCCUUCGGAAAUUUCACUACCUGCUCAACCCUCGCCAAGUGUACAACCUGGACCGUGACAAGGCGAACUUCGUGAAGCACCCACCAGUGGCUGUCCUGCCCCUGGGAACUGGCAAUGACCUGGCCCGGUGCCUGCGCUGGGGAGGAGGCUAUGAAGGAGGCAACCUGCUGAAGGUCCUGAAAGACAUUGAGCACAGCACAGAGGUGAUGCUGGACCGCUGGCAUAUAGACAUCAUUCCCAGUGACAGAGAGGCCAAGGGAGAUCCUGUCCCAUCCACCAUCAUCAACAACUACUUCUCCAUCGGGGUGGAUGCCUCCAUUGCUCACCGCUUCCAUGUCAUGCGAGAAAAGCACCCUGAGAAAUUCAAUAGCAGGAUGAAGAACAAGCUGUGGUACUUCGAAUUUGGCACAUCGGAGACGUUUGCAGCCACCUGCAAGAAGCUCCAUGACUACAUUGAGGUGGAGUGUGACGGGACCCUGCUAGACCUGAGCAACGCAUCCCUGGAAGGCAUCGCCGUCCUCAACAUCCCCAGCAUGUAUGGCGGCUCCAACCUCUGGGGUGAGACUAAGAAGCAGCGUGGUUACAAACGGCUGGGCAGGAAAGCGCCAGAGAAGCUGCAUACCACGGUGGUCACUGAUGCCAAGGAGCUCAAGUUCUGUGUGCAGGACCUCAGUGACCACCUUCUGGAGGUUGUGGGGCUGGAGGGUGCGAUGGAGAUGGGCCAGAUCUACACAGGGCUGAAGAGUGCUGGGAAGAGACUGGCCCAGUGUUCAUCUGUCACCCUCAGGACAUCCAAGCUGCUGCCCAUGCAGGUAGAUGGGGAGCCCUGGAUGCAGCCAUCUUGCACU